AUGGUACUCUUAGCAGGUGUGGCAGCUUUGUUGUUUACCGCGCCGUCCAUCGCAACGAGUCCGGCAACGAGCCUCUCUGGUGCAGAGAAGGUCGCUUGCUCCAAGUUGAAGUCCAAAUACUCCGACAGUACCUUCUCACCUGGAUCCUCGGGCUACUCAUACGAGACACAAGAGCCAUACUGGUCAGCCACGGUGUACAGCAGCCCUGCAUGCGUUUUCGUUCCCCAGAAUGCCGAGCAAAUUGCCUAUGCGGUUACCACAAUGACCCUAACGCGUUCUAAAUUUGCCAUGCGAGGUGGAGGGCAUAUGCCAAUCCCUGGUCACAACGGGAUUGAUGGCUCCGGCGUAUUAAUCUCUUCUUCCAAUCUGACGACCUUGUCACUUUCCUCAGACAAGUCUGUCGUCUCUGUUGGACCUGGAAACAGGUGGAGAGACGUUUACGCCUAUCUGAAACCAUCUGGGCUCGCAGCUGUCGGUGGUCGUGUGGGCCACGUUGGUGUUCCCGGCUUGUUACUCGGUGGCGGCAUCUCUUUCUACUCAUCGGAGUACGGAUUCGCUUCCGACAAUGUUAUGAAGUAUGAGUGUGUGCUUUCAAGUGGUCAAAUUGUCGAGGCGACGGCAACGAACAAGUACUCAGAUCUCUUCUGGGCAUUGAGGGGCGGCGGUAGUUCGUUCUGCAUCGUCACACGAUUUGACUUGCGACCGGUGGAGGGCAGCGACGUUCACGUCGCUGCCAUCAUUCCGACUAUUCUUACCUUCCCAGCGGGGAACAUGACUGUCUAUGCGGCUGCGAAGUUUUACCACUCCGUCACUGACAACCCGAAAGUAUUCGAAAACUUCACUGCGCCAAAGCUCACCCCAGUCGCUGAUUCAUACGCACUGCAGCCGUUGUCAGACUACAUCAUAGCUACAGAUGCCCUGCAGCCAUUAGGAUUGCGCCAGGAAUUCCGCACCCUUUCGUCCGUUGUUGACCGAAAGGCCGUGCAGCUCAUCCACGACACUUUCGUCUCCGGCGUCAACGCCAAGUUGCCUAGCGUUGCCAAUCUCCAGGCCUCGAUUACCUUCCAGCCCAUCACGAAGGCAUUCCUCUCGCACAGCGCGAAGACUGGAGGCAACCCUCAAGGCAUCGACGUCUCGAAAGCACCCUUCUUUUGGAUGGUGGAGAACUUCACCUGGUCUUCGGCGAGCGAUGACGCGAAAGUGCAGGCUGCUGCUGAUGAGAUCACAGCAAGCAUAAACAGCUUGCUGCGCGGGGGAUCGUAUAGCGCUGACUAUCUCUACAUGAAUGACGCCGGGAAGGGCCAGCCGAUUUUCCAGAGCUAUCCCGCUGCCAACUUGAGGAGGCUGAAGACUAUUCGUACCAAGUACGAUCCUCUCAAGGUGUAUACUAACCUCAUGCCUGGUGGUUGGAAGGUCGCCGAUGCAUGCUGA